AUGUCUUAUCAACGUCCCCCACCCGGUCCCCCACCCGGUGCCCCUCAGCAAUACGGCCCAUACGGGCACCCUCAGCAGCCUCCAUACCCACUCCAACAAGGCUACGGUGCUCCCCCCGGUCCUCCACAGGGCCACUACCAACCCCAACAAGGCCAUUUCGGCCAACCUCCCCCGCAAAAUGCCGGAUACCAUGGCGCGCCAGCCGGCUACCAUGCGCCAGCUCACCAACAAUCAUACGGCGGCCCCCCACAACAGCCCCAAUACGGCCAACCACCACCUCACCACGCCCCCUACGGCCAACCCCCCGGCCCACCAACCCACGGCUACGCGCCUCCAGGCCCACCCCUCGGCAACCCGGGCCUCCCACCACAGGGUCUCCCACCACAGGGCUUCCCACCGCAGGGCUUCCCACCACAGGGCCCAGGCUACGGCGCACCGCCAAUAGGUACGCCCUCAAUGCCAUCCCUCGGCUAUGCACCGAACCAAAUAGCACCAGGAGACUUCCGUGCGGAUGCAGAAGCCCUCCGGAAAGCAAUGAAGGGCUUCGGCACAGACGAAAAGGUCCUGAUAUCCGUAUUGUCCCGCCUUGACCCGCUCCAGGUCGCGGCCGUGCGCUCAGCAUACAUGCAGCACAUCCGCCGCGAUCUGUACAAAGAUGUCAAGUCCGAAGCGGGCGGGUACCUGCGUGACGGUCUGCUGGCCGUGAUCGACGGCCCACUCAUGCAUGACGUCAACUGCGCGAACGAGUCGAUCAAAGGCCUCGGGACGAAAGAGUGGCUUAUGAACGAUGUGUUGCUCGGCAGGUCAAAUGCAGAUCUGUCUGCUAUUCGAACUACAUACGAGCGCACUUUCCACCACUCGCUUAGCAAGGAUGUCGAGGACGAUUUGUCGUUCAAGACUGCUACGCUGUUCAAGAUGGUUCUGCGGGGCUCGCGUCAUGAAGAGUCAACGCCUAUUAUCCCACAGACUAUCGACGCUGAUGUACAUGCUAUUCAUCGCGCGAACGUUGAUGAAGUCUGCAGUAUCUUUGCACGGUCGUCGGAUGGUGAACUUCGCGCGAUUGACCAGGCUUUCCAUGCUCGUCACCACACAGCUCUGGAAAAGCAUAUUGAGCGCCAUUUCUCGGGCCACAUGGAGGAUGCGUUGUUGCAUAUGCUUCGUUCUGCUACGGAUCCUGCUAUGCGUGAUGCUAUCCUCCUUGAGGAAUGCAUGGCUGGAAUGGGGACUAAGGAUGAUAAGCUCGUCAUUCGUGUUGUGCGGACUCAUUGGAACCGGGCGCAUAAAGAUCAGGUUAAGCGUGCUUAUCGACAUCGGUAUGGCAAGGAUCUUAUUGAUCGGGUGCGUGGGGAGACUUCUGGUGAUUAUGGCAAGUUGAUGGUUGCGCUGUUGCAGUGA